AGGAGAUCCUUGGAGUCAUUGUUGAAUCCAAUGAAAUGGGUAGAUGAUGAGGUUAUAUCCAAGUAUACCGAAUUGAUGGCUAUUCGAGAAAAUAGUGGUGGGCAUAAUUUGUUAAAAUGUCACUUCUUCAACGCAUGGUUUCAUAAAUAUGUGUGUACAACGAGAAUUAUAGCGAAAGGAGACAAGAAAAUUGAAGAUAUAUAUUAUGAUGGUAAUGAUGUAAAAAUUGAAUGUAUUAUAAGGAAGAUUCCUUACAAUCUAAAGAGUAAAGAAAAAAUUAUGAUCCCAUUGAAUGAAAUGUCCCAUUGGUACUUGCUUGUCAUUGACUUAAAGAGAAAAAUAUUUUCAAUUUACAACUCUCUCAAAGGUCACCAAACAUCAACCUACAUCAAUACGAUGGUUUCACGUUUGAAGAUCCAUUUAUUAAAAAAUUAUGAAAUAGAAUGUGAUGGAUUUACUGUCUCUAUAGACCAAGAAUGCCCCCAGCAACCAAAUUCGGUUGAUUGUGGUGUCUACUUAAUGAAAUUUAUGGAAUGUCUUUCCCGUGGAGAUAUAUUUGAUUUCAACUCGGGGCCAAUGAAUUUUGAACGAAAAAAGUUGGUUGCACAACUGAUGCUGGGCAAAAUGAUUACACCACAGUAAUGUGACAUGUAAAGGCUUGUCGGUUGAUAACAAUUCGCAAGGAGUAUAACAGCUAUAUGGAGCUCUUUCUGCUCAAAUGUGGUUGGGGAUGAUCUUCUCAGGAGUUUUUUUUUUUUUUUUUAUAGGUCCAAUGAAUGCAAUUGUUGCAUGGUAGCCUGUUAA